CUCGGCGCCAUAUCAGAUAAGUUUUACUAUGGAAAUAGGAGAGCGUGGAAAUGGAGAACAGGAGGUGCACCGUCGUUGCCGUGGGUGACCUUGUGGAUGAGCUUGGCUUCUGUUGCGAGUGGUGUGGCAAGGUGUACAAGAGUCUUGUCCGCUACCACAACCACAUUGUAUGCACCCACAAGUUACCUGUUCCGGAUCACCAGUUGGUCAACUGCUUCCACUGUCCACGCAGCGAUUGCAGAUUCCACAAGCAUGGACCCGGAGUACAGAAUUUUCGGCAAAUUGGAAGGCUCCGCCGCCACUACCAGGAGAAGCACAUGACAGGACACCUUACGUGCGAGUACUGCCAGAAGCAGUUUCAACUGAAGUCAGCGCUGGUGGCCCACAGAUGUCGGCUGAGGCAUCCAGCCAUCAGGGAUAGUCAGUCCGCCAUCACUUUGGGGAGGCAUGUGUGCAAAAAAGGCUACACGCAUCUGGGCGCCCUACAACGGCGCCUCACCUGCUGCCAGCAUGGAACACCAAAUACUCCGACGGAGGACCAGAAGGAUAUAAGGGACACGGUGUGUCUGCAAUGCAACAAGGAAUAUGUUGACACCCAUCGCUGUUGUGUACGAACCGAGCGAAGCUUUCAGUCUGACCGUCUCAUCUUCAGAAAGUCUAGUCAGGAGACCCACGGUAAAUCCAGGUACCUGCAGGCGGAAGACUGGCGCUUUCUGUUUGAAAUGGAGCAGCUUGUCCGCGGCAUUGACGACGGGCUUGUGCGGGACCCUUUGUUGCUCACGGAACUCGCCUCUCUGGUGCCGGUGCUUCAGCAAAUCCAGGAUUCUGAUUUAGAAAUAAAGUGACAUUAUUUGUAACGACC